AUGACUUCAACACCUGUACCAUUAGAGGACCAGGCGAAGCUCCUGGAAGAGGCCCUAAAUGUCGUGAAAGUUCAGGCAUUCCAAAUGAAAAGAUGUCUUGAUAACCAUAAGCUUAUGGACGGUUUGAAACACUGUUCCACCAUGUUGGCCGAAUUAAGGACUUCGGCCUUGACACCAAAGCACUAUUAUGAAUUAUAUAUGGCUAUCUUUGAUGCGCUUCGCCACUUGACUACUUACCUUAACGAUGCUCAUAGCUCGGGUAAACACCACUUGGCAGACCUCUACGAGCUCGUUCAGUAUGCUGGUAAUAUAAUUCCCCGCCUAUAUCUAAUGAUUACUGUUGGCGGCUGUUAUAUGGCACAAAAAGAUGCGCCUGUCAAGGAAAUCAUGAAAGACAUGAUGGAAAUGUCUCGUGGUGUACAACACCCUACUCGCGGAUUGUUCCUAAGGCACUAUCUAAGCGGGAUGACAAGAGACUCUCUUCCAGUUGGAACAGGCCAAGGUACCCAGGGAAAUCUCCAAGAUUCGAUAUCAUUCAUUUUGACUAACUUUGUCGAGAUGAAUAAGCUCUGGGUGCGAUUACAACAUCAAGGUCAUUCUCGUGAUCGCGAAAAACGUGAAAUGGAGCGUAAAGAGUUGAAGAUACUCGUCGGAACUAAUUUAGUUAGACUGAGUCAGUUGGAAGGAGUCGAUUUGCAGAUGUAUCAAACGACUAUACUUCCGGCGAUUUUGGAACAAGUAAUCAAUUGUAAGGAUGUAAUCGCCCAGGAGUAUUUGAUGGAAGUCAUCGUUCAAGUAUUUCACGACGAUUUCCAUCUACGAACACUUGGACUAUAUCUCUCUGCUACAGCACAACUCCAUCCAAAAGUUAACAUCAAGCAGAUAGUAAUAUCGCUCAUUGAUAGACUUGCAGCUUACGCCGCAAGGGAAGCAGACUCUGAGCCACCUGAAGAAACCGAAAAGCCUGGGGUUCUCGGAGAAGAUAUAGAGAAAGACGACAAAAAACUUGGCGAGAAUGAAGAAACGGAUACCAUUAUUGGCGAAAAUGCGUCCGAUGUUAGUAGUAAUGUACAAAACGAGGAUGCUGACCACGAAAAAGAAGAGUCUGAGACGCAACCUGAGGAAACGGUCGUUCGUAAGUUUAGAGGAAUUCCCGAGGAUGUGAAGCUGUUUGAGGUCUUUUGGGGACAGAUCGUGGAUUUGGUCAAGGCAAGACCAGAUUUGUCGAUUCAGGACAUUACCGCCUUGUUGGUGUCCCUCGUAAAUUUGUCGUUGAGUUGUUAUCCAGACAAGAUCGACUAUGUAGAUCAAGUACUCGAAUUUGCUAAAAGAAAAGUUACCGAAUUCAGCGAGAGCCAAAGUCCAGACCUCCAUAGCCAAACCACGACAGACAAUCUCCUCAAUCUUCUUUUGGCUCCUAUAAACGCGUACCCUACGAUUCUUACGGUACUUGCAUUGCCAAACUACACUGAACUCCUUAUGCUCCAACCCUUUACCACACGUCGUUCCGUCGCAUAUGCGGUCGUGGCUUCAUUAUUAAAAAAUGAAACUUACAUAGAUACGCCCGAGGACGUUAAUGGCGUGUUGGGUCUAUGUAGUGUGCUAAUUCGUGAUCAAAAAGAUGCUACGCUUGCGAGCCCAUUCAGUGGACUGUCAGGAAUUCGAGGAAGGUCAUCGGGAAUGACGCCGAUGAUGGAUCCUGAGGAGUUUGCCGAAGAACAAGGAUGGUUGGCUAGGAUUAUCCACUUGUUUAAGAGCGAUGAUCCUGAUAAUCAGUUUAUGCUUCUUUCGACGGCUCGGAAGCAGUUUGGUGAAGGCGGUGAGAGGAUACGAUAUACUUUCCCGCCACUUGUCGUGUCCUCUGUAAAACUAGCCAGGCGUUAUAAAUUGUUGGAAGAGCAGGAUGAGAAUUGGGAAAAGAAGUUGUCGACACUCUUCCGAUUUGUCCAUCAGCUUAUUUCCAUCUUAUACAAUAAAGUGGAAUGCGCGGAUAUUUGUCUUAGGUUGUUCCUUCUUGCUGGUCAGAGCGCAGAUGAGUGUGGAUUUGAAGAAAUUUGCUACGAAUUCUUUGUUCAGGCAUUUACGAUAUAUGAAGAAUCCAUUUCAGAAUCACGAGCACAAUUCCAAGCUAUUACCUUACUUAUUGGGACAUUACAGACUACUCGUGUCUUUGGCCUUGAAAAUUACGAUACUCUAAUUACAAAAUGUGCCUUACACGGUAGUAAGUUGUUGAAAAAACCUGAUCAAUGUCGGGCGGUCUAUCUAUCUAGUCAUCUCUGGUGGGCUACCGAGGUUGAGGGACGAAAGCUUAAACCAGAUGAGGGACUGUACCGUGAUGGCAAACGAGUUCUUGAGUGCCUGCAGAAAGCUCUCAAAAUUGCCGAUUCUUGUAUGGAUUCUGUUACAAACGUUGAAUUGUUCGUAGAAAUCCUUAAUCGUUACAUUUAUUACUUUGAGCGACAGAACGAAGCUAUAACAGUGAAAUAUCUAAAUGGGCUAAUCGAUCUAAUUAAUACCAACAUCAGCAAUAUGGAUAGUCCUGAUCAACAUCUCCCAACAGCAGCAUCAUCUGCUAUCGUUGAACCGGAGGGAAGUAUUGCAGAAUUUGUAAUUAAGCAUUUCAAGGCAACACUAUUGCAUCUUAACCAACGCAAAGAAGCUGUGUUGGCUGCGAAAGCACAGGGCGAGACGGGGCAACCAAUGUAUGAGGAGAUUGAGGCCUAA